AUGAAAACACUUGUUGGACCUACUUGUGCAACUGCUUGUACUUUAUUAUCUGUGUGUGGUAUUAUCUUUCUUGUUGCACUUGGUUUUGCAUUUGAUGCCAAAGUCGAAGUCUUGACAGAGUUUGUGAGUGACCCAGACGACCCUAAAGCAACUGCUCAAGCGUGUUUCUCUGCUGCUAUUGUCUAUGCUUGUUUUGUGGGUCUUUGUGGCUGUCAGUUAUUGGUUCAUAAAUUCAAUUCUCGUAAUCAAAUUCAACUUUAA